AUGGUCGGGGCAAUCAUGCUGGGAAAUGACAUGAGCCCGGAGGAGCUGGCGGAGGUGGAUGGGAAGCCAUUGGAGGAGCUGGCGGAGAUCACAGACCUGAAGAAGUUGACGUUGGACCAUGUUCAUUCCCUCCUCCAUCGGUUCAAGAGCGAAGACGACAGGGAGGUGGGGAUGGAUUUGAACAAGUUCAGUCUUGUCUUCGGGAGGGCCUUUCAGAGCCUGGCAGGAGAGACUGUGAGCUCGAUCUUUGAGAAGAUCGGAAGCGAUGAGGAUGGAAGGAUUCAUUUCAGCCAUUUCAGCCAUUUCCUCAUUGAUUGUACUAGGGUGGAGAAGGCAUACAUCAGCGCCUUCAGGACUAGCGGCAUCACGUUGCCGGGGGACGAGGACUCGCCGCUCAAGGCGAGAUGCUCCAAGUCUGUCGCGCUCCCGCCCAUCAACGACCUGUCGAAGAUGACGCUCAAGCACAUGCAAGCCCUCAGCAUGGCCUUCAACAGCAACGACAACGGCGAGGGCCUCGCCAUGGAGGACUUCGUCUCGGUGGUGUCGGACGUGCUGCACGGCAUGGACCCGGCGGUGCUGGAGGCUCAGUUCAUGAAGAUCGAUGCGAACUCGGACGGGACAGUCUCAUGGGACGAGUUCUCCUCCUACAUCCUCGCCCUCGGCACAGCGUCGGAGUCGUUCGCGCACAAGUUCGAAGGUGGGAACCUGCUGGAGGGGCCGGAGCCAGAUCCCAACAGGGACGAGUACCACUCGCACGCCAUCUCGCACAUAACGUGCCAUCAUGGAGCGGAGAAGUACUUCACCAUCGCGCUAGAGGACAAGGGGACGUCAACAAAGCCAGCUGAGUCGCUCAUUCGACAGUGGAACUCCAAGGCUGACGCGAGCGCUGAGAUCUUGGGAGCGACGGCGAAGCUGACGGGGAACGCGAGUGUCGUGCUUGCAGUCUCAGUGUUCGGAGACAAGUACGAGUGGAGGAACGGGCCGGCGAUCAACGUGCUGGCUGUGUCGUCAGUGGACGGCAGGAUCCGGUUCUUUGACUGUGAGAAGCUUCUGCUGAUAGGAGAGCUGGACUGUGUCGACGGCGUUUGCACCGCCAUGCACAAUUUCAGGAUCAAGAACGACUCGGGCCCCGACGACGUCUCGCUGGACUUUGGAGGCGAGGAGAAGUCAAAGAGGACGCAGAGGCUGAAGGAGGAGAAGGAGUACGAAUGGAUCUUUGCGUAUGGGGACGACGAAGGGAACCUGCGGCUGUUCACGGAAGAGUCGAUUAUGGAGUCUUGCAGGAGGUCCUCGUACCUCACCGCCUCCUUCAAUUUCAUGCACAUGAAGCUCUGCAAGGACUGGCUGACUUGGAUCCUGUGGAUCGACGAGACAGAACUGCUAUGCAUCUCCACCAACGACGCGCAGGUGCUGGUGCUAGAGAACAGGACGGCAAGGGAUGCCAACGGCCCCGUCCUCUCCCUCUCUCAGAUCCUACGAUCCCGCCGCAAGAACCUCAAGCUCAAUGUCAAGAAUGCGUUCCAGGGCCACAGCAUGUCCGUCAAGACGUGCGCCUGGUGCAGCGGGAGGAAGAUCAUGGCGUCCGCCGGGCUAGAUCGCUCCGUCAUCCUCUGGGAUCCGCUGUUUGGACGUGUCUCUGCAUCCCUCACAGGGCACAAGAAGGCCAUCUUCUCAUUGCAGUACAAGGAGAGAAGAGACAUUCUGAUCUCGCUGGACUUGCGGUCAGUCUGCAACUUCUGGGAUCCUUCAAACCUGGCUCUUCUCCUCUCCAUCGAGCCUCCUCGCACCACCUCCACCUCCACCAUCGGCGUCAUUAGCGCCAUCUUCGUGAACAACAAGACAGACAGGAUGAUCUUCGGGAACAAGAAGCUGCAGGUUUGGCAGUUCAAGAGAGUUGGCGACACGGGCGAUCAAGCUGAAAGAUAUCAUAAGGGUGAGAUCGUUGCUGCAUUGGUCAACCAUCAGUUCUACCAGAUCGUCUUAGUUGACUCCAACUGCUUCGUGACGGUCUGGGACAUCAGCACCGGCAAGCAGAACACAAACUUCUUCGCCGAGUCAAAACACGACGACGAGAUCCCCACAUGCGCGAGGUUCGAUGACACCUUCAGGCGCCUGGUGGUUCUCUACAGCCAGGGCUCCAUCCGCAUCUUCAACUUCAGCAACGGCACAGUCAUCAACAACUUGACCUGCGACUCCAACGGCCCGCUGCAGACCACGACCAUAAUCACCAAGGAAGAGAAGGGCGCCAAGAAGGGCUCGGACAAGCAGGAGAAGUUCCUGCUCGCCAGCGGCUGGAACGGCAGCGUCUAUUUCUGGUACUCCAACUCGCCGGAGGAGGACGUGAAGAACUUUCAGAAGCUGAAGCCGAGGGGGGAGGCGGGAGCAAACGAGGAGGUCAGGUGUAUGGCGUUUUACCCGCCAUGCACCCUUGUGACAGGAUACAAGGAUGGGCAUGUCAUUGUGUGGAAUACUAUCACGUACCUCAUGGUCAUAACUCAUCACUUCUCAGCUCGUUCAACUUGCGAGAUUAUCCAGGGACACAUCAAGAGGAAGCCGCAUGCUCCCAGCUCGGCUAGGGGCUCCUCCUUCGCUGCUCGCACCGGCUCCUCGAUCAUCAAGGGCAUGCUCGAACCCCUGAGGAACAAGAUAGACGCCUCCUCCCCCAGCUCCACCUCGGACUCGCGCCCAGGUACCAGCGAGUCAGCGGCAAACUUCUGGAGCGAGCUGGACUCGGUGCUGGCUAAGACCAGCCAAGUGCAGCAGCGGAAGGAGGAUGGAGGAGCAGAGAUCAACGCUGUGGAGUUCCUCUCCUCCCCCGGCUUCGAGGGCGUCGCCCUGGUGGCGUGCGGGGACGGGAUGUGGAGGUUCCUGAGGGGGAGCAAGAAGUUCCUGUGGGGGUACGUGGACGCGAGGAGCCGCGCGUGCGGGGGGGAGGAGACGUCGCUUGAGUGCUUCUGCACGUCGGAGGAUGGUCGGUGGGUGGUGAGCGGGAACUCCAAGGGCUACGUGCAGGUGUGGGAGCUCAAGGGGAGGGGGGACAGCCUGCUGACCGACCGGUCGGGGAGGAGCGGGAAGUUCGAUGCCUACCAGGGGGAGACGCCGCAGAGGAUCGAAGGGGUGGAGCUGAGUGAGCAGCUGGGCCUGCUGUUGGGGUUCAAAGGGCACGAGGUGGGAAUCAAGUCAAUCUCCUUCCUCCACCACAUUGCCCGAGGGAGCGCGACGUGCAACGUGCUGCUGACGGUGGGGAAGGAGUUCGACUCGCGGGUGAUCAUGUGGAGCCUAGCUGGGGAGAAGCUGGCGGAGUUCGGGGGAGGGGCAGCGAGCGAGGGAGCGGAGACGACCUGGAGCUCGCAGCUGCUGCUGGAGAAGAGCGACCCUGUGCUGCUGCAGGAGAAGGUGCAGGCGUUCAAGCGUCAGCUGGAGGAGCAACUCUCCUACUCGAAGCUGCUGUACGAGCAGGAGGUGGACGCUGAGAGCUCGGAGCUGACCUCCCACCGGUCGGGGAUGAGCGAGAUGGAGGGUGAGAGGAAGGGGAAGUUCCAGGAGGAGAGGCAGGACAGAGGCGCGCAGAAGCAGGUGCAGCUGGUGGGGUCGGACGGGAAGGUGACACCAAUCAGCUCGUACAAGCAGCUGGAGCCUCUGCUGAAGCAGUACAGGGAGCAUAAGAGGGUCGCCGACGGCUCCAAGGCCUCUCGCAGCGUCUGCCCCUUCCGUGCGCUGCCGGUGGCCGGGGAAGGAGGAGCGAGGUCAGACACUCUGAGAAGCAUCCCGGAGAUGCGAGCGGAUCCCUACCGCACGUUCGAGCAGGGGAGGAAGAAGGCAGGAAAGAGCCUGAGGCUCAAGGGGCGUAGCUACGAGGAGGAGAGCGAGGACGAUGGAGCCCCGGCUCGCGAGCUCAGCCGCUCGCUGGCGAAGCUGAGCAAUGCAAUGGACAUCAUGACAACUGGGGUGCUCGACGCGUUCUCUUCCGGUCUGAGCGCCUCGCACGAGGGCACGAGGAUGCGGAGGAAGAAGAGUAUGUUCACCACUAAGGCAGCAGUACUCCUGCACACCCCCACGCCAACGAAGCUCCCGUCUAUCCUCAAGCCCUUCAAGCAUGCCGAGGAGGGAGGGGGAGGGAAGUACUUGGAGUAA